ACUGGUGUUCAGUUUUUCUAAGUUGGUGCUAGACAGCACAGCAACUAACGAAACAAAAGCGCUUUGCACAUGCACAGAGGCCUGUAUAUAGCUGCUCGCUCCAUAUAUCCUUGGCCUGAGCCCCCCCACAAAAAAUACGGGAACUAAAGACCUGUUUGCUCAGGCUCCAGUGAAGCCCUGCGGUCUGCCUCCUUAACUGCUCCCAACUGCCAUGGUUCAAAAAACCAACAUCUUUGGAACGGAAUCCCUGACGGUUGUUUUUACCUUUCCUCAUGGACUCAAGCUUGACUCGUCACCUGUGGCAAGAUCCCUGUUACAAUACGACCACCUCACUUUUCCCAUCAUCCAUUUGGGUUGACACUUUUAUAUCUAUGUAGGGCACAGCCCCAUGUAACCUUGUCACUUUUCCAGGUCUCAUAGAAACAUCGUCCCCACCUUUGAGGGAAGCGGAAGCAGCAAUGGACACACAGCUACCUCAGGGCUGUGUGGCUUUUGAGGAUGUGGCUGUGUAUUUCACAGAGUGUGAGUGGGCUCUAUUGGAUACACAUGAAAAGGCUUUGUACCGGGACGUCAUGCAGGAAAAUUAUGGGCAUCUGGCCUCUUUAGGUUUUCGAGUUGUCAAACCCAACUUGAUCUCCCAGCUUGAGGAAGAGGAAGAUCCAUGGAUCCCAGACCAGCCAAUUGUGGAGGAAAAGAAGAUCAUUUUGGAGCCUGACACAGAGAUUCCUGAUGUGAUAAUAAAGCUGGAAGAAGAAGAAGAAGAAGAAGAAGAAGAAGAAGAAGAAGAAGAAGAAGAAGAAGGAGGAGGAGGAGAAGAAGGAGGAGGAGGAGGAGGAGGAGGAGGAGGAGGAGGAGGAGGAGGGGAGCAGCUUUGGGUUCUGGACCACCAGUGGCAAAAGUCCUUUCCAGGAUUUCCCGACCUCGUGAUAAAGCAAGAACAGGAAGAGGAGCCCUGCGUCCCAGAACACCCAGGAGCCGACGAAAAUGCGAAUGCUGCUGCAGAUCAGUCAGGAUUUCCUGGUAUAAUAAUAAAGCUGGAACUGAAAGGAGAGACCUGGGCCCAAGAUUUCCAAGAAACUGAGGAAAAGGCAACUGUUUCAGGCAAUGGGUACAUGAAAGAGGAAGGCCUCUUCCCACCGGAAAGCACUCAUCAAGUGGCAACGGAUGAGACACUUUUGGGAACUGCCAAGGAGGGAAUCUUCCGGUAUCCAAAGAAGGCCGAGGUCUCUGUGAAAGAAGGCCAAGCAGGGAGGCACCAAGGCAAUGCCUCUGGAAAGAGAGUGGGAAAGACUUUAUCUCAUGGGGGAAGUGGCGUCAAUGAAACCAAACUCCAGAAGAGAAUCCAUAAGUCUGGGAGAAUGCUUAAAAAAGGAGAGGAACCAUAUAAAUACCUAGAUGACGAUAAGAGAUCUGGUUGGAGAUAUUACCUGAUGACCCAUGGGAAGAGCCACGCAGGAGAGAAACUAUAUACAUGCUUAGUCUGUGGGAAAAGAUUCUUUCGGAGAUCACAUCUUAUUAGACACAAGCUAAAUCAUACAGGGGAGAAACCAUAUACGUGUUCAGUCUGCGGGAAAAGCUUCAAUCAAAGAUCCCAUCUUAUUAGCCAUGAAAGGACCCAUACAGGGGAAAAACCGUAUCCGUGCUCUGUCUGUGGUAAAAACCUGAGUCGUAAGGCACUCCUUAUAAGACAUGAGAGAAUUCAUACGGGAGAGAAGCCUUACAAGUGCUCUGAGUGUGGUAAAAGCUUCUGUCAGAGCUCUGGGCUUGUUGCGCACAAGAUCACCCACACAGGAGAGAAACCAUAUGCGUGUUCAGUCUGUGGGAAAAGCUUUAGUCGCAAAGCAAGCCUUAUCAGACAUGAGAGAAUUCAUAUGGGAGAGAAACCAUAUACAUGUCCAGUCUGUGGUAAAAACUUCAGCCAGUGCUCCGGCCUCCUUCAGCAUGAAAGAAUUCAUACAGGAGAGAUCCCAUAUAAGUGUUCUAUCUGCGGGAAAAGUUUCAGUCGUAAAGACUGCCUUCUGGGACACAAGGGAACCCAUACGGGAGAAAAACCAUAUUCGUGCUCUAUCUGUGGGAAAAGCUUCAACUGGAAAAGUUACCUGGCUGUCCAUGAAAGAAGCCAUAAUGAAGAAAAGUCCUAUAUAUGUGCAAUCUGUGGGAAAAGCUUCAACCAAAGAUCCAAUCUUCUUAGCCAUGAAAAAACUCAUACACAAGAAAAAAUGUACACAUGUUCUAUCUGUGGGAAAAGCUUCAUUCACAAAGUAAGCCUUAUUAGACAUGAACGAGUCCAUACUGGAGAGACACCCUAUAAAUGUUUGGUAUGUGGAAAAGGUUGUAGCGGGAGAACUAAUCUUAUUUCACACGAAAGAACUCACACGGAAGAAAGGCCUUAUGCCUGCUCGUUCUGUGGUAAAAGUUUCAAGCAAAGAUCCAACCUCACGAGCCACGAAAGAAUUCACACUGGAGAAACUCCCUUUAUGUGCUCAGUCUGUGGUAAAAGCUUCAGCUGUAAAGCAAAUCUUCUUGGACACAUGAGAACGCAUACAGGGGAGAAACCGUAUUCGUGCUCAGUUUGUGGGAAAAGCUUUGGUAACAAAUCACAAGUGGUCAUACAUGAGAGGAUUCAUACGGGGGAAAAACCAUAUACCUGCUCAGUCUGUGGGAAAAGAUUCAAACACAGAACGAGCUACACCGAACACCAAAAAAUCCACACACAGGAGAAACCGUACACAUGCUCAGUCUGUAGCAGAAGCUUCAGUCGUAAGGAGCACCUGAUUAUUCAUGGGAGAAUCCACACCGGAGAGAAGCCAUAUUCAUGUUCAGUCUGUGAGAAGAGUUUCAAGCAAAAGUCAAGCCUUACUUCACAUGAGAGAAGCCACACAGGAGAGAAACCACAUACAUGCUCAGUCUGCGGUAAAAGUUUCAAUCGGCGAUCAAACCUUAUUCAUCAUGAGAGAAUUCACACGGGAGAAAAACCACACCAAUGCACCGUCUGUGAUAAAAGUUUCCGGAGUAAAGCAUACCUGAAGAGACAUGAGAAAAUCCAUGCGAGAUAAGGCAAUAUGGGAGGUGGGGCGGCGAUAUGGGGAGUGAAAAUUGAAGUUGGUAAAAGAUGUUUAAAGAGAAAGAAAUUAUAUAUAUAUAUGUAACUCUAAACCACAGUAUAGCACUAUAGGAAUGAGUCUGUGUGGCCGGCAAAAAGCGUUGGGAAAAUUA